CCUAUAAAUAUAUUUACUUUUUUAAUUAUAAUUUUUCAAAAAAAGAAAAAAAAAAUCGAAGAAAAUUUCGCUUUGUUUCGUAUUCAGAAAAAUUUACUCAAAAUAUCUAAAAACCUCCAUUACUGGUAGAAGAAGAAGAAGAAGUUUUCAGUUCCUGACAUGGAUAGGCGAUUAAGCUUAGCAUUGUUGGUUUUGUUAUUGUCCUCGGCUUUUCUUAUAGCUUUUGGAGCCAAAAAUCUCGACCCGUACAAGGUUCUUGGGGUUGAACGAAAUGCUAAUCAACGUGAAAUUCAGAAAGCUUUCCACAAGCUCUCUCUUAAGUAUCAUCCAGACAAGAAUAAAAGUAAGGGAGCUCAAGAGAAAUUUUCUGAGAUAAAUAAUGCGUAUGAUAUUUUAUCUGAUGAAGAGAAAAGAAAAAAUUAUGACAUGUAUGGAGAUGAGAAAGGCAGGCCUGGAUUUGAAGCUGGCCAUCCUGGCGAUCAGAGUGGAUAUUCUUACUUUACUGGUGGUGGACCAGGGCAUAGCCAAUUCAGCUUUAGACCAGGUGAUUGGCAGAAUAUGGGUGGGGGAGGAGGAAGUUUGAAGUCAUUCUCCUUUUCCUUCGGUGGUUCUGGUGGCCCAAGUUCUUCUGGUUCUGGGGGUUCAAAUCCGUUUGGCGUUGGUAUGGAUAGCUUUUUCUCAAACCUAUUUGGAGGUGGCUUUCAAAAUAGUCAGUUUGGUGGAUCUGAUGGUCGGGCUGGCUUUCAAUCUGGAUCCAGAAGUCCCUCACAGAGCAUCAGGGGCAUUAAUUCUCAGGUUUAUAAAAAAGAAAUAGUUGACCAAGGGAUGACUUGGCUUUUGUUCUGUCACGCCUCUUCCCUAAAAGGAAUCCAGACGGUUAAAUCCACCAUAGAGGAGGUUGCUAUUUCAUUGCAAGGAGCUUUGAAGGUUGGAAGCAUAAACUGUGAGACAGAACAGUCUCUAUGUAAGGACCUUGGCAUAUUUCCUCGCAGAAUUCCCAGGGUUUUCAUUUAUUCAUAUAAAGCCGGUGAGAAGGGUUCUUUGGUGGAGUAUGAUGGUGACUUUUCAGUUAAGGAUUUGAAAAACUUCUGCCAUGAUCAUUUACCAAGGUUCUCAAAACGGGUUGAUUUGAAGCGCUUUGAACUUCCAUCUCCAACAACCGAAAAACUGCCCACAGUGAUGCUUCUUUCCACCAAAAAGGACACACCUGUUAUAUGGCGCGUCCUUAGUGGCUUGUAUCGCAAGCGCUUCAACUUCUAUGAUGUCCAGGUUCAGGAUGCUAAUGAUCCAUCUGUGGAAAAGUUAGGAGUCAAUGCAAUUCCAGCUGUUGUUGGUUGGUUAUCAAAUGGAGAAAAAUAUGUUCUAAAAUCAGGGAUUAGUGUAAAAAAUUUGAAGUCUGCAGUUCAAGACCUCAGUCUCCUACUUGAUGGUUUUGAAAAAAAGAACAAGAAGGCAGCUUCAAGUCAGACUAGAAAGACAGAGUCUAACGAAUCCUCGGAGAGUCAAAUACCAGUAUUGACAGAGUCUAACUUUAAUGCUGUAUGUGGUGAGAAUACUCCACUCUGCAUAAUCGGGGCCUUCAGAUCGUCCAGAUCAAAAGAGAAACUCGAGUCAAUUUUGAAAAUGGUUUCCCAGAAAACGCUAUUAAGACGACCCAGUUCCGCCCUUGGCUCGAGGGAUUCUGUUUCCUACAGCCUAUUAGAUGCCUCUAAACAAUCAUCAUUCCUAACUGCGCUCGACAAAUCAGGAUUUAAAUCAUCAGAUAAGCUCUUGGUAGCAUACAAACCCCGGAAGGGGAAGUUUGCAGUAUUCAAGGGUGAGAUUACUACAGAGGAAGUAGAGAUGUUCAUUGGUUCAGUUCUUAAUGGCGACGUUCAAUUUACAAAGACACAGGGAAAGCCUAUGGUCAAGUGAAAGUUAUUCCCACAAGAAUUAUAAUGUGGUUUUUGAAUGUAAAUAGCUUUUCGUUUAAACAAGGUAAAGAAAGAAGAAACCUCAGCUUCGGCCAAACCCGGAAAAAGUUGAAUUUGAAGGAUAGGAUCUCCCCAUGAUUAGAAGUUGCACAUAGAAGAAAUCUGUAGUAGUUAUAGAAGUGUUCUUAGGGUGAGAGAAGAGAAUCUUUUGGUGUACUAACUAAAGCCUUAACAACAUUGAGAUGAUGUUGUCAUAUUUUUGGAUGAAUAAUAAUGAAAAAAAAAAAAUCAUAUAUUUUAUUUUGAGUA